GAAAGCAGCAGUAUCAAAUCGCAAGGUGGAAACUGAAACAUCAGUGGUAUUACCCAGUGGGAAGGAUACCAGACUGCUCAAUGAACUUGAUGCUAAAAGUGUUGUGAAUGGUCUCAAAGUCAUUGACAUGAAUAGCCCAAGACCCUCCAUCAGUUCUGUCAAAAAUGGUAAAUACCUGGCUUCAAAUCCUUUAUUACAAUCUCCAGUGCCAGGAGAUGUUUACUCCUUUGACAGCCCAAUGGCCAAUGUAGCCCCUGCAACCACUCUGGCUUGCAAAGCCCCUGCAAGAAAAGGGAAAAUCAAGGGAGCUGCAUUGACUGCAGAGGAAAAGGGCAUGGAAGAUAUUGAGGUUUGUCCAGCUAUUGCUGAGAGGCCCAAACGCCGUGGUCGCCCAGUGCGGAUGACUAGGUCCAAGGUGGAUAUUAUAGAACAUCAAAGAGAAAAUAUAUCCGAAUCUGAUGAGGAUGUUGCUAUACCUUGUAGUGAUGCAAUAGUUGAGGAGGAAGUAGCUGUAGAUGUGGACAACCUUGUACAUGACACAUUGGAUAGUCCAGGUCUGGUACACAAGACUGAAGAAGCUUUCAGUUUAGAUGCAUCAAUAGAGGUUCUAAGGGCUGGGGACACACAACAAGAAAAGAGGACAACUAGAGGGAGGGGAAGGAGAGCAAAAAGUGGCAAGUUGACUAAUACUGCCGAGGAUGUUGAAGCCCCAAGGACUAUCAAAGAAGAUGGGAAGAAAAAUGUGAAACCAGCAAAAACAAUGAAAGUGCAAGUUUUUAAAGAUGAACUGAGUGAAGGUGAAGAUGACUUUGAAGUUACUUUCACAGAUCCCGAAGAAUGCAUUGCUUUGCUGAACAAGGCCUAUAAUCUUAUAAGACAGUUUCCUCCUAUGCUUCUGUACCGUAAAGUGUGUCAUAUGCUGGGGCUUUUGCUGGUGGAGAGAGAUCCUACUGCUGCAGCAUUCUACAUGUCAGAGGCAGUGGCUGUCACAUUCAGACAUUCCUUGUUAGCCAGCUGCAACAAGAAGAUUAAAAAGCUUGCCAAGGAGCCAGCAGCGUACAACAAUCCAGUGCAAUAUCAAGAAGAAUUACAAAAGAUGCAGAAGAAUUUUAGUUUUCAGCAGUCACCUGAGAGCAUUCAGGCAUUUUGUCACAGUUUGCCAAAGGAGUGGACAGUUUGCCAGUUGUCUGGGUUUAUCUAUGAAGGAGGGAAUAGCAAACUAGUUAUCACCAGAUACAGAUCACAACAAGAGCCCUUCAUUGUCAAAGUCCCGGGGUUCAUGUUUGCAUAUGGAGAAAUGCACAAAGAAUUUGCCACUAUCAUGACGGCAUGUAAAGAAAGCAUGAAUCUGACAGAGAAAGUAGCUUGGUGGACCACACGAAGGGAAUUAGAUGAGAGACUUAAGGAUAUGAUGAGCUACAUCGAGAACAAGUGCCUUAGAGAAUGGAGAGGGGUGCUUUUGGGACGACACUGCAAUGAUGACGAUGCUGAAAGCCUAAACAAAGCAGCCUCUGCUGUUCUCAAAACAAUCAAAAUCUCUAAAGUCAGUAAACCUCAACUGAAGCAAGCUAUUGAGGUCCUGAUUGAUUCUUCACACUUGUUGAGUGAUGGUGAAAUAAAAGAAGCAUUAAGCACAGUGUUAGAAAAUGGGGAUACAGAACAUGUGACCAGCUUAAUUAGGCGACAAGCUAAACAGUUGAACCUGUGCAUAGGAAAGAGACAGCCCAUUAUACUUAUACUUGACAAGAUGCUCCAGCAUUUUCCCUUUGAGAGUCUCCCCAUGUUAAGAUCUCACCCAGUGACUCGCCUUCCGUCCUUGCACUUACUGGGAGCCUUCCUCAGCAGUAUUGAGAGCAAUAAGGAGUCUAUCUUGAAUGAGGGGAUUGACCCAGAGAAGACCUACUAUAUUCUCAACCCAGGCAAUGAUUUACCUCAUACCCAAAAGCAUUUUGAAGACUGGUUUGAGGGUGAAAAGACUUGGAGGGGUGUAGUUGGCAAAACACCAACAUCAGACCAAUAUAGGGAAGCUUUGACCAAACCAGACCUCUUCAUCUAUUGUGGUCAUGGGACAGGAAGUAAAUAUCUCCAUGGCGACAAUAUACAAAACCUCCAGUGCCGUCCUGCAGUGCUGCUGAUGGGGUGCAGUAGUGGUAGACUGAACAACAUAGGGGCACUGGACCCAGCUGGGAUGAUACUCAGUUACUUUAUGGCUGGAUGUCCAUGUAUAGUUGCCAACCUGUGGGAUGUAACAGAUAGAGACAUUGACCGUUUCCUGGAAAACCUGCUGAAGGCCUGGUUACCUGGAGAGAGUGAUCCCAUGCUCUUGGAACACAUUGAACAAGCCAGGGACAGUUGUAGGCUGCCACACAUCAUAGGGGCAGCACCUGUGGUGUAUGGACUGCCUGUAGCAUUGACUACAAAAUAGCAAUAAUUGUGCCCAUCCAACCUCUAUAUAACCUUAGGAUAUUGGUGAGGUGCAUUGAAAUCAGUGUGCAAUUUUACUGUGGAUAGUCAAAGAAAACAAGAGCCAUUGUAGAGGUGAUAUUCCACUGUGGUUUGCCCAGCAACAAUGAUAAAAAUUGUGUGUGGUACAUCAGUCCUAUGACAAGGAAGUCUUGGAUACUAUAGAAAACAUAAUAUUAUGCACAUUCAUAAUUGAUGAUUAAGAGUAGAUGUGUUAAAUUUUUCAGGUGGAAGAAAAAUUAGUUUUUGUUUUUUAUUCAGAAAGGAUUUCUCAAAUUCAUUGAUAGCUCAUUCAAUAUUAAUGAUGAAGUGUAGAAAUGCUUAAUAUCUCAGGUGGAUAAAAAUGAGAUUAUCAGUCGUUUUUUCUCCAUUCAGUAAGAAACUGUCAAAUUCAGGGAUCAGUGCUGUUUAGGUUUUGAGAUACAAAAGAGAGAUUAAUGUAUUGAGCCUAUUCACAUGCUGGCAGUAAUUGGGCAGCUUGUCAAAGAUGAACCAAGCAUGAAUGCAGCUUAGUCUGGAACACUUCUUGUGCCUAGGUUUACAUUGGGUUCUGGAUUAUUUCAAAUCUGUUACAACUGGUUAUUAUUUGCUUAUCGUAGCAGUAUCUACCAGUCUGACUGAUGAGAAGGUUAAUGUUAUUUUGGAGAUUAUAUUGGGUCACUUUAUUAAAAUAAGCCCUUGGAAUCCUUAUUAGGUGGUUUGUUUUUCAUUAAACAAUAGAAAAGGUGAAUUCAAAUAAAUAUCUUGUUAGUGAUGUGUUGAAAAUACAGCGCCAGUCUUUGUGAUUUGUCAUGAAAUUUGAAAGGGACAGUAAUGCCAGUGAAUUAAACGAUAUCUUUUAAUAUCCUGUAAAAGUUUUUCUUAUCAGAAUAAUUCUGUUACCUUUGGCUAAGUAGCACUUUGCCUCCUCAAGGAACAUUUCUUCAGAUAGAAAGUAAUUUAUAUGACAUGUUGCCCUUUUUGGAUCUAAUAAAUGUUCUUGCAACGACUUCAUUCUUGACAAAAUAUUGAGUGAAACUCCUGCUAAAUAAUUUUAUUAGGUUAAAUCAAUUUGGCAUGUGUCAAUAAAUGUGUAAUUUCUCAAAUGUUUCAAAGCAGUCCCUUUAUAAUAGAAGCAUCUUAAUUCAGGAAUGGGGAAUUGGAAAUGGUGGGGUUAUUUGAAUAGUUUAGUAAUCUUAUGUGAGUAGAUUGAUGAUAAUUCAAUUUUAUCGAUAUCACAUGUUUGUAGAAAUUAGAAUGUUUGUAAUCUUGUUAUACGAAAAAUUAUGUAAGAUUUAUUUUUAAAUGAUAUCAAAUGUUUGUUUUCAGUAGAACCCAUAAGACAGCAUACCAAAUGGGAUAGUUGGUGUUACAACCUGGGAUAAUUUGACGAAUAAAUACUUGAAUUGUUA